GUCAACUUGUGACAGACGAAUUUAUAACAACAAUAAACAAAUGUUAUUAUGAAAACAUUUUGAUAAUUACUAAAUAAUGCAAAAAAAUGGUGCUUUAUUAACCGUUGCAUGUGUAUUGUUACUUUUUGCUUUUAAUUGUACAUUCCCGCUUCAAAGAGUGACAUCGACGCCUAAGAAACAUAUAUAUGCUAAUCAAUCAAUAAAAUGUCGCAACGUGCUGGACAAUGUCGACCUUCCAGAUAAAGACAAAACAUUAGCUGACGAUUUGGAAGAACUUAUAUCAAAAUUUAAAAAAAAUACGAAUCACAAAGAAAAAAGCCGUUUGGGAUUUCGCAGGCUUGCUAGCAAAAAUUUCUUGAAUGAGGACGAUCUACGUCAUUAUGAACAAUUAGUUAUCAUGAAAAAGUAUCCUUUCUUGGACAUCAAAGAAUUGGAAAUGAAAUUUAGUCCAUCAAAUAAAGACAGGAGAGACAAUGAAAAUUUCCGUUCUAGAGUAAACAUGGUACCUGAGCCGAGCAUCUGCGAACCUGGUGACGAUUUGAUCAAUGUUGAAAUUUCUAACAGAGGUCUCUCCGGGUUCGCAAUACCUACUCAACUUGUCAAACAUAUAAGCACGACGGAAAAGAAGUUAAUCUCAACAACAGAAACGCCUAAAUUAAAAUCUGAAAAUUCACACAAAUUUUCAAAGAAAUCUACAGAGAAAAAUAUUUUAAAAAAGUUAAAGGAUGAUGUUAAUCAGUUUUUAGAUAAAAAGAAGAAGAAUUAA